AUGGCAUCAUCGAACGCCAGCGGAGGCGGAGCAACAGGGGGCGUGUCUAGCGGAGGCGUCGGAGUGGGGGCCGGCGUGGGCGGUGCCCAAGGUACGACCGCUCCCGGAAAGGCGGGCGCCACUGCGGCCAGCAAGAUGCACAUCGAGCAUUCGGCCACGACAACCGAUAAAGGGUUGAAGAUGAAGAUUAAGCGCACCAAGCCGGGUACGAAGACUUCGGAGGCGAAACACGAGAUUGUCAAGUCGUCGGCGCUGACGCAAAACGCGCAGGGUGGCGCUAACGCUACCGUGGAGCAGAAUGGAACUGCUGAUCAGGCGGACAUGAAAGCGCCUUCUCCUAAUCAGCCUCAACAGAACCAAACGGCACAAUCGGUCUCGCACAGCAAGCACUCUUCUGGCGGCAACACCGCAGGAGGCGGCGGCAGUUCGGGAAGCACCGGGAGCGGUGGCAUGUCAAACGCCGCCUCCAUCAUGGCGGCAGCGGCGGCUGCCGCGGCUGCGCAAGCCGCCAAUCAGAAUAACACGUCUUCGUCCAAUAAGAGAAGCUCCAGCGGACACAGGAAUAGGGACAAGACGCGAGAGAAACAUUCGUCCUCAGGAACGACAGUAUUGUCUACCUCCGACAGCACGAAACCCCCUAAAUCGCCCCCCGAAAUGAACGGUCGGCCGCCGAGCGGUGGCCAAUCUGUCCCUAGGGCCGUCUUCCCUCCGGCCAGCACCGGCCCUGGUCCCCCGCCCGCACCUUCCCCUAAACCCCCUAAUAGCCCCGCGGGCCAACCCCAAAUAGGGACAGGCGCGGUGGCGACCGGCCAUGAUGACGGCAGUGGGGCGUCACCGCCACCCAUCAAAAAGCUCAAGACUGAGAACAAGGAGGUGACGGAUGUAUGUGUCGGUACUAGUGUAGGAACCAUAACGGAACCAGACUGUUUGGGACCGUGCGAACCUGGAACCAGCGUAACGCUGGAGGGGAUCGUCUGGCAUGAGACUGAAGGAGGAGUACUAGUGGUGAAUGUAACGUGGAGAGGCAAAACCUACGUGGGAACUCUCUUAGACUGUACAAGGCACGACUGGGCUCCACCAAGAUUCUGUGAUUCACCCACAAGUGACCUGGAUAACCGUACUCCCAAAGGAAGGGAAACACGGUCGUCAGCGCACAGCAAACUCCGCAACGGUGGGGCGGCUGGCAAUUCCACAACCACAGGCAGCGUGGGCGGUGCAAAGGGGCGGCGAAACGGCAACGCGAACAGCGGCUCUGGGGCGGCCAGUGGCGGGGGCGGCACUGCUCCCGCUUCACCUACAGGCACGUUCGUGCCGCCCAGGCCGGAUAACAAAAGGAAACAGCGGUCGGGAGAGGAAGAGAGUAAUACUGGAAAUAAUGGCAAUGGUAGCGCGCAGACGCAACAGAAUGCUACGCCACAUGGUGCUACCCCUUCAGGUGCAACCGUAAGCCAAGCAGCGAAAAAAGCGAAGUCCUCCACACCCACGGUAGUGGUGACAACGACGCCAAGUCACAGUCCUCCACCCUCUCCGGUGCUACUAGAGUGUCCGGAACCGAACUGUUCCAAGAAGUACAAACAUAUCAACGGGCUGAAGUACCAUCAGUCGCACGCUCACGGCAGCAUCACGGCAGUCUCUGCAGGUACUGCUGUGCCGGAUGAUAUCGAUAUGGAUACUAAGGACAUUUCGGAGAACGACGAAUCGAACAUCGAAGCUCCAUCGCCAGCCACUCCUGUCAAAUCCCCGGAGAAACCAGUAGCAACAGACAGCCCCACCUCCAUCCCUGUUGCUACUAAGAAAGACCCCGCCCCCACGGAGGCGGUCAGCCAACCAAGCACUCCACCAUCUCCAGCAGCUACACCCCAGGAAGUAGUUCCAGGAAUGCCCGCCUCACCUGCGGGUACGCAGCAGGACAAGGGGCAGCAGGUGGCGGUCCCAGGGGCCACGGCCGCUGCGACACAGCAACAGGUAGUCAAGCCGGGUGUGUUGAGGUAUACGCCGACUCAAGGACAACCGCAACAGCAGGAUGAAUAUGGUAUAGGGGUGUUUUCGCCGCCACAGGGAAAACCUCAAGUGACAGGUAAUUUUUGUAAUAGGGUAUAA